GUGGGCUGAUACGGGCAAAAUGCUAUUUUCUAUGUGCUACAGAUUGUUGCACGUACUUAUUUAACAUAUUAUUAACUGUAUAGGGGAGAUUUUAACUUAUUUUUCAUUUGGGGAGAGGAGGUGAAUCAUGAGCUGUACAUGAGCUGGCUAAACCUGAAAUAUUUGAGUUAUCCCACAUCUAUGAAAAAGAUCUCCUGCGAAGUGAUCAGGAGAUUAACGGUAAGUCUGCGUAAUGCUAAUAUUACAUGAGCUGGACCAUUGCAUGUCAAGAAAUGAGACUUAGUGGGAAUCUUAGUAAUAGGCCGGAGUAAUAGUUGUUUUGGGGGUUGGUUUGUUAUUUCAGGAGACAGGAGUUAGUUGUGUUGAAAGCCAGGAAACCUUUUGAAUGUGCAGGAGAUGUGGAUUUUCUGAAAUUCUGCUGUCCACUUUGGGUUAACUUCAAUAAUAGAUAAUCUGAUAUACGCAUUUCUUUUUUUCUUUUCUUUUCUUUUCUUUUUUUUUUAGUAAGCAUUUGGAUCAUUCUCUGCCACUUAGUAUCAUGAUACGUAUUUUAGCAGACCAAAAAAUGAUGGUGAAAGAAUCGGGCAUAUCAGAAAGCGGUGGAGACAUGUCACCUUUUCACUUUGGGACACGCUGUGCUCUUAGCACUAAUCAUCCACAACCAUCAGCUAGGAGAAUGUGGUUACCACACUCUGCCGUAAUGUAAAAAUCAAAUUGUACAUGUUUGUUCCUUACAAAAUUGGUAAGAACAAACAAACAAACAAACAAACCUGAGUGAGAACCAUGAUCUCAAUUCUGCACCAAGCAUCCCAUUUCAUCAAGAACCGUGCAGCCGUAUCCCUGAUGAUGCUUAACAGUUCCAAAGGUUCCCACUGACACAGGUGUCGUUGUACUAAAAUGACAUGGACGUCAAUGAACUUCAUUCGCAGGCAACAUGUCGGUGUUGUCCGAUGUUGGUGCAGCAGACAGUGUUGCUACCUCACAGCUUCAGGGUCCUCCUGAGCUCAAUCCUGAUCUUGGGUUACUGUGAGCAUUCUCCCUGGUUCUCUAGAGUCCUACCUCCCAAUACAUUCCAGUAAGUGGAUUGUUUACACAAAAUUAGCUCAAGGUAUAAGUGAACGAGUGUGGUGCCUUGCUGUUGCGGCCCUGCUGUGUUUGAGAUCUGGCCUAGGGAAAUAGUGCAGGGUUAGUAACAUGUGCUGGAGAUAGAUGAUGGGUAGCUGGAUUGGUGUGGAAUGAAGAGACUGAGAAACUGGGGGUACACGUAUAAUGUUUAUUACACAUUACAAGCAUACACAAUUUACACAGAAGACACUUUGUAAAGCAGCUUUAACGAGUUGCAAGUUGACGAUAAGCAAUGUAAGAGGUAGUCCCCUAGGAAAAGAACUAGACGAUACCAUAGGAAAGAACAUAAGAUACGCUUCAACACCCUACUCUGGAUUCACCCUCUUCUCUUACCUGACUGCCGAGAGUAACACGGCCAGGGGUGGUGGGUGGUAGCACUUUUAAUGGGCUGGCGUUCCAUCCACGGGUCUAUUCCUGACUCACAUCCUACGUUCCCAGAUCUGGAGCCAGGAUAAACUAGUUACUGAAGAUGAAUGAAUUCUCAGGAGUCCUCUAGUCGGUUACUUGGUUUACAUGUCCUCUAGCACAGUGGUUUUCAAAGUGGGGGCCGCAGCCCCCUUGGGGGCCACCAGGGGGCGCCCGGGGGGCCUCAACAAUUUGGUGUGAAAAAUAAAUAAAUGUAUGUUUUCUCUUUCUCACUCUCAGACACACACACACACACACACACACACACACACACACACACACAAUCAAUUCCUAAUGUAAUGUAAAGAUGUAAGAUGUAAUUAUUAAUAGAAAAGGGGGAUAUAUUCAGAAGUCUGUAUUUUUAAUUUGUUUUAAAGACAUCUUGCAAAAGGAGGGCCUCGGUCAAAUUUCAAUGCCAUUUGGGGGGCCUUGCCCUGGAAAAGUUUGGGAACCACUGCUCUAGCACCUUUAUAGGGAGACACAAUUAGGAAACACUGGAGUAAAAUGCACAAGCCUAGGAAAGGCAAGAGUGCCUUAUGUCGCCCCCUGCAGGCCACAUUUAGAAGUGAUUUACAUUGCAACUUUUCUGUCAGCUAUUGAAACAACGCAAUAACUUUGGUCCUUUUUUUGGUAUAAGUGGAAUUGUACAACGCUGACAUUUUGAAUACUAGUCCUCACUGUGUAAUUACAGGAGAAAUGCAUAUGCAUAUAUGCAUGUUUUUUUUUUUUUUUGUUGUUGUUGUUUUUUUCUACAAAGUUUGGAGAGGAUUUUGCAGGGUAUAAUCGAGCAUUUACAGUCGUUACAGCAUAAGAGAGCGCUGAAGCUGUUUGCUGUGUUGCUGUAGAGGCUUUCGCGGAGUACACGAGGCAGUGACCGCCCCUGAGAUGUACGUCAACUGGAGCUGGACUUGGAGCAGCAGCUUCUCUGGAGUGUGUGUGGCGAGCAGUGAAACUUUUUGCACGCAUCCCCUUUAGCGUCUCAAAAACAACAACAACAACAACAAAGAAAAAAAAACGUUUCGGUGCGUAGCUUUCGGACAGAUGCAAAACAUCACAACACAUCUGCCGGGUUAAACAGCUGGGCUGUAAGACAACGGCGUGCUAGAGCGCGCGCGCUGGUUAGAGCUGUGAGUGUGCGCGUGUGUGUUUCUAGUUUCUUCCUUUCUUUCUUUUCUUUUUUUUCUGAAUUGAAUGCACGGAUAUCGCCUGUUCGUGGGCGGUAACGUGCAGAAUAGCGAUGCUGGCGAGAAAAAGUAUCAUUCCCGAGGAGUUCGCGCUACCCGCGCUGGCCUCGCGCGCCCCACGGAAGCCGGUGUUCAGGGACCGCGUGAACAAGGCGCGCUUCAUUGCCAAGAGCGGCGCGUGCAACCUGGCGCACAAGAACAUCCGCGAGCAGGGCCGCUUCCUGCAGGACGUCUUCACCACGCUCGUGGACCUCAAGUGGCGCUUCACGCUUGUCAUCUUCACCAUGACCUUCCUGUGCAGCUGGCUGCUGUUCGCCAUGGCCUGGUGGCUCGUUGCGUUCGGGCACGGAGACCUGGAUCCCACGCGCCAGGCCGGCAUCGAGCAGUGCGUCACCAACGUCAAGUCCUUCACUUCAGCCUUCCUGUUCUCCAUCGAGGUGCAGGUGACUAUAGGCUUCGGUGGCCGCAUGAUCACUGAGCAGUGUCCGACAGCCAUUACGGUGCUGAUCCUGCAGAACAUUGCCGGGCUCAUCAUCAAUGCCGUCAUGCUGGGCUGCAUCUUCAUGAAGACGGCGCAGUCACACAGACGUGCUGAGACGCUCAUCUUCAGCCGGCAGGCUUGCAUCGCCGUGCGCAACAGCCGUCUGUGCUUCAUGAUCCGCGUGGGUGACUUGCGCAAGAGCAUGAUCAUCAAUGCGGCUGUGCGCCUCCAGGUGGUGCGCAAGACCACCACGCCUGAAGGAGAGGUCAUCCCUAUACACCAGAUCGACAUCCAGAGUGAGAGCGCCGGGGCCAGCAACAGUAUUUUCCUCCUUGCACCACUAAUCAUUUGCCAUGUCAUUGAUAAAGACAGUCCACUCUAUGACCUGUCAGCCAUGGAGUUGCAGUGCAGUGACCUGGAAGUGAUUGUCAUCCUUGAGGGUGUUGUGGAGACCACAGGUAUCACCACACAGGCACGCACUUCUUAUGUGACUGAGGAGAUCCAGUGGGGCCACCGCUUCGUCCCCAUCGUGACUGAAGAGGAGGGGGUUUACUCUGUGGACUACUCCAAGUUUGGGAACACAGUGAAGGUGGCGACGCCGCGCUGCAGCGCCCGUGAGCUCGACGAGAAGCCGUCCAUCCUCAUACAGACCAUGCAGAAGAGCGAGCUGUCGCACCAGAACUCUCUGCGCAAGAGGAACUCGAUGCGCCGCAACAACUCCAUGCGCAAGAGCAACUCCAUGCAGCGCAACAACCUGUCACUAGCAGUACCCAAAGUGCAGUUCUUCACACCUGAAGGGGGGCAGAAUGUCGCUGUCACAUGACACGCACGAGACCAUCAUCUGGAUUAUAAAAGGUUCAGGGAUGCUCUAUUCCUGUCUUGCUCCAUUAGACCUCUUCCUGUUGCUCUGUCGAACUCUACCGCUUCUGCUGUAAAGCGGCAGCAAGUGCUGAUCUGCUUUCUUCCUUUCCUGUUUUGCACAAAUGAAUUUAAAAAACACUUAUUAAAAAACAACAUAACGUUUGAGAGUGAGAAAGAGGAAUGCGUUGUGUCUCGUACUACGCGGCUAUUUCUUUUCAUAAGAGCACUAUUUCACUGUCCUGUAUUAUUAUACUGUUGUAUUGGAACCUGUAAUAUUGUCACUGAGCUUGUACACACUUUAUUUGAGAAAUGUAAUUCAUGUUCUGUGUAGAAAUUAGAAAUUUAAUUUGAAAUGUUCAAUAAAGCAGUUUGCCCUGCUUGUUGAUUUCAAUUCAC